AUGGCCUUUUCUCUCACGGGAUUAGAGCAAUGGACGACAUGGAUUUUGCUUGGAUUACUGGCAAUAUGGGACUUGGUGGCCGUGCUAUGUCCAUUUGGACCGUUGCGAUUGCUGAUUGAAAGUUCUAGAACACAAGAACGAGAAGUACCAGCACUGUUGUAUUCGGUCAAUGCGGUCUGGUUUAUGAUGGCUUCACCGGAUCAUUUUAGGUUGUCCAACAGUAUGCUUGGUGACGAAGAUCGCACAUUACACAUUCGUCAGUCAGGGUCUAGUUUUAUCCAACAAAACUUUCGAAAGAGUCAUGAUGGGUUUAUGCGCUUACCCGAUGAUAGUCAUGUUACUGUCAAUACAAGUAGCACAGCCCAACAACAAGAAGAAGAUCGUCAUCCAACCAAUGUGACACAAGGGAUAUCAAGUGAUGUUGAAACAACUUCCUUAAAAGUAGAAGCCGAUGAGGAAGACGCUGAGCGAAGCGGACUUAAGCUUGGAUUGGGCGACUUUGUUUUUUAUAGUGUAUUGAUUGCACGUGCAGCAAUGUACGAUUGGAUUACAACCGUGUGCUGUACAAUAGCUGUUUUGACAGGUUUAACGACUACUAUUUUCUUACUUGCGAUAUAUAAGAAGGCUUUGCCGGCACUGCCCAUCUCAAUUGCGUUUGGGAUGCUGUAUUACUUUGUAGCUAAAACUGUACUUGUGCCGUACGUAGCCGCAUUAUGUGUAUUUGGUAUGGUUGGAUUAUAA